AUGGCUGAAUCUGCGCUGUCUGACACCGGAGCUGUGAACGGCGGCGGCGAUCCCGAGCCACCAUCAACUACUAACCGGUUUUCAUUGCGGAACACAAUGAUGAAGAUAGCGAUUUUGAUGAUGCACAUUAUUAGCGUUUGUUUCGGGCAGUACCAGUGGACCAUUUUCGAGCAGGAACAUGUGAAUCUUUGCAACGAAGGUUCCAGCUGUGGUGGACGCGUGCAUACGAUGUGUUACAAGCCAAACGAAACACAUCCGAGAUGCGAGAAAUUUGCACCAAUCCACCUGGGACAGGAUAGCAUCAAGAGCUUUAUGAUGGGACACAAUGGGCUGAGGAAUAAGGUCGCAACGGACCCACGACAACCUGCUGCAAAUAUGCAGUUUUUGCACUGGGACAGGGAUCUUCAGACCAUGGCGGAACGCUGGGUACGGCAGUGUAUCGUCGGGUAUGAUGAGUGUGAUUUCAUCGGUAACCCCUCCUAUCCGGUCGGGCAGAAUGUUUUCUUUCAUCCCAAACCGAUACUGAGACACUGGGAAGCGCUCGCACUGAGUACGUGGUUCAACGAGAAGGACAAGCUGGGCAACAACCUGUCCAUCGGUAGCUUGCAGCGUGCCGGGGUGUCAAACUACACGCAACUUAUCUGGGCCCGUACCGAGUUUGUGGGUUGCGGUGCGGCCACCAUGUACGGAGGACAUCUGAUCGUUUGCUACUACUAUCCCAGGGGCAACAUAAUCGGGCAGCCGGUAUAUACGGUCGGGCGCGGUGCGUGUACCGGGUGCCCACAGGAGCGUGCGUCCUGUUCGCAUGUGUUUCGCGGGCUUUGUGGAAUUGACGAUAAACAUUCCGCUGGACACAGACAAACUGGGUACAUGGUGAAUUCAACGCUUCCAAUGAUGUUGUUGGUAAUAUCAACAUUCGUGAAUAAUUUCCAUUGA